AUGACUGGCGGGGAAAGCGCAGCUGGGGGAAGCGCAGGGGGGAAAAGCGCAUCAGGAGAAAGCGCAGCGAAACCGAGCGUGCAGGCUCAAACAGCGAGUGCAAGGGACCCCGAGGCGCCGCCGUCCACUCUCGAGCCGCCCCCUGCUUCGCCGGGUUCUUCUGGUUCGGCAGCCAGCGUGCGGGGCUCCGAAUCGCCUCUUAGCUCGCUGCGCGUUAUGUUGGAAGUUGCGGAGCAAGAACUAGCAGCGGCUAGGGACCAGUCUCUAGCCGCCGAGGUUGAGGCGCAACGCGUUGCGGAACGAGCGAUUGAGCUGAAGGACGCGGCUGUUGCAGCGGAGAACGCGGUGGAUGAGGUGCUGCGUGACGUGGAAACUGAGCUGGCUGUCGAGGUGGCAGCGCAGAAGGCGCUGAACGCUGCUGAUGCGGCGUUCGUUGCGCAAGAGGAGGCGGCAACGGCGGCGGAAGCGGAAUUGCGCGCAGCACUGCUAGAGUUCGUUAAUAGAGAGGGCGAAGGGGGAAGGUCAGAGGAGGAAGGCGGGCUGGGGAGCGCGGAUCCGGGAACUGGCGCCCGGGGGAAGCCUUCUGCGGAAAAGGUAACUGCGGAAAGGGUAGCCGCUCUGAAGGCUGCGGUGAAAGAGGCGCAAGAGUUAUUGCAGGCGCGCAGGGAGGAGCUGCGCACGAGGCGGGAGGCGCUGACGCAGGUGCUGGCGCGCAAGGAGCGGCUGCUGCAGCUGGCGGCGGAGCGGGCGGAGCGCGCGGGGGAGGCGCGGAGGUUGGCGCAGGAGGCGGAGGAGCGCGCGGGUGCGAGCAUGGCGGCGGCGGAAGAGGCGGUGGCGGGGGAGGUGGAGGCGAAUAGGCGCGUGUCGGAUGCGAGCAAGGCAAUCAGCAGGGCGGAGAAGCUGAGCAACGAUAUCGCCAAGGCAAGGGAGAAGGCGGCGCUGCUGACGGUGGAGAAGGAGGCGCUGCUGGCCAAUGAGGUGGCUCGGGCGUCUGCUGCGCUGGCGUCUACAGUGAAAGAGGGGAAGGCGGCAGCAAAGGAGAUGCUGCCACCUGGUGGGGUGGCAGCAGGUGGGGCAGGCGCGGAAAUGGGCGGCACUGCCACAGCAGGCGCAGCUGAGGCGGAUGUGGGGGCGGAUGGGGGCAGGGGAAAGGGUGAGGAGCGCGAGGAGGAGGCAGCCAAGGGAGAGAGUGCGGUUGGAGCGGAAAAGAGAGCGGUGCAAAGCGGUGGUGGGGAGUUGGGGAAGGAAGGGGGGCUUACAGAAGAGGCAGUGCCUGCUGCUGCGAGCAACGGUGGGGUGAAGAGUGCAGGUAGCAGCGCUGCUGCUGCUGCUGCUGCGCCUGUGGGGAAACUCCCUGGGGAGGAAAAUGGGGUGGCACGUGGCAGCCUGGGAUUGGACAAGGCAGCGGCGGUGGAGGCAGAUGAGGGAGAGGUGGAGCCAGCGCAGCUUGAUGCAGUCCCAGCAGCUGCAGCAGCCUCAGGAUCUGCAUCAACUCCCAAAUCUGGAUCAUCAGCAUCAGCAGGAGCAGGAGCAGCUUCUGGAAUGUCCAAGCCCAAAAAGUCCUCCCGCUGGGUCUCCGCAUCCUUCUUCUCUGCGCUAGAUGACACCUCCCCCGCCGCAGGUGCCACCUCCCCCUGGGCGUGGCUGCAGAGCGCCCUCCCCCGUGCGCUCGCCGCCUUCAGAAGGCACCUCCCCAAGGCCGUGGUGGCGUUUGUCGUUCUCCUGCUGGGGUGUGUGGCGCUGAACGCGCGCAUGGAGAACCGGGCGGCGCAGAGAGGACAGCACGUGCCGCCCGUGACGAUGGCGGUCAUGGAGGUGGAGCAGAAGGCGGUGCGGCCGCUAGUGGCGGAGGUGCAGCGGGUGGGGAUGAGGGUGAGGGAGAUGGUGGAGAAAAUGCCAAAACAUGAGCCGAACGAGGAGGAGGCGUCGCUGUAUGACGUGCUCUGGCUGCUGCUCGCCAGUGUCGUGUUCGUUCCAGCCUUUCAGAAGCUCCCGGGAGGCAGCCCCGUGCUGGGCUAUCUAGCAGCAGGCGCCCUCAUCGGCCCGUACGCGCUGUCAAUCAUCAAGCAUGUGCACGGCACCAAGGCACUCGCAGAGUUUGGAGUGGUCUUCCUCAUGUUCAACAUCGGCCUCGAGCUGUCUCUGGAGCGACUCAACUCCAUGCGCAAAUACGUCUUCGGUCUUGGCUCUGCUCAGGUGCUGGUGACAGCGGUGGUGGUGGGAGUGAGUGUGGCGGCGCUAGCAUCGGUGUCGGGCCCGGCUGCUCUCGUCAUUGGCAGCGGCCUCGCGCUCUCUUCUACUGCCGUCGUGCUCCAGGUGCUGCAAGAGAGAGGGGAGAGCACUUCUCGGCACGGCCGUGCAACCUUCUCAGUCCUUCUCUUCCAGGAUCUGGCGGUGGUGGUGUUGCUCAUCCUCAUCCCUCUCCUCGCUCCCUCCCCGACUUCUGCCGAUGGGUCCGUGGGUCUGGCAGCCAUUGCGAAGGCGCUGGGGCUGGCAGCAAUGAAGGCCGUGGUCGCCAUUGCAGGCAUCUUUGCGGGCGGCAGACUGUUGCUGCGGCCCAUAUACCGCAGCAUGGCGGAGAAUCACAACGCGGAGAUCUUUGCCGCCAACACGCUGCUCGUCGUGCUCGGGACCUCUGUGCUCACUGCCCAGGCUGGGCUAUCAAUGGCGUUGGGAGCCUUCCUAGCAGGGCUGCUGCUAGCAGAGACAGAGUUUGCUCUGCAGGUGGAGUCAGAUAUCAACCCCUACCGCGGCCUGCUGCUCGGCCUCUUCUUCAUGACUGUGGGAAUGUCCAUCGACCCCAAGCUCCUGAUCGCUCGCUUCCCCCUCAUUGUCGCGUCGAUAGCGGCGCUCAUUAUUGGCAAGACGGCGCUAAUCACGGCAAUGGGUCGCCUCUUCGGUCUCUCCACCAUUGCUGCUGUGCGCACCGGCUUGCUGCUGGCGCCUGGUGGGGAGUUCGCAUUUGUUGCCUUCGGAGAGGCCGUGCAAAAGGGCAUCAUGCCGGCACAGCUCUCCUCUCUCCUCUUCCUCAUAGUCGGCAUCAGCAUGGCCAUCACGCCCUGGCUCGCCGGCUUUGGUCAGCUGCUGGCGGCUCGCUUCGACCAGCAGGAUGUGAGGAGUCUGGAGCCGCAGGAGACAGAGACGGACGACCUGCAGGGGCACAUCAUCAUCUGCGGCUUCGGGCGUGUGGGGCAGAUCAUCGGACAGCUGCUCUCAGAGCGCCUCAUCCCCUUCGUUGCCCUCGACGUCCGCACUGAGAGAGUCAGUGCGGGUCAGGCCCUCGACCUGCCCGUGUAUUUCGGCGACGCGGGCAGCCGGGACGUGCUGCACAAGGUGGGGGCGGAGCGGGCGGCGGCGGCCGUCAUCACUCUCGACACGCCUGGGGCGAACUACCGUGCGGUGUGGGCGCUGACGCGCAACUUCCCACACAUCAAGACGUUUGUGCGCGCACAUGAUGUCGACCAUGGGAUCAAUUUGGAAAAGGCUGGUGCCACUGCGGUGGUGCCGGAGACACUAGAGCCCAGUCUGCAACUCGCGGCUGCCGUGCUUGCACAGGCCAAGCUCCCGCCAGCGGAGAUUGCUGCCACGCUGGACGACUUCAGAGUGCGACACCUGGCAGACCUGAACGAGCCAUCAGCUAUGCAGAUUGGACCAACCAUGGCGGCGACUUGCUCAACCGCAGGUGGGCGGACUCGGAGCGGCUCAUCUCGCCAGCCACCGUCUCCCAGCUCGCGCUCGCCUGGGAGGUGGAAACCCACCGGUGACGUGGGCGCAACGCCGGCUGUCGUCGGCAAUUUCGUCUACUUCUGCGACCACGCGGGGGGCUUGUACGCCGUGAAGCGCAGCUCGGGGGAGGUUGUGUGGAGGAAGCAGAUUGGAACGGAUUACGGCGUGCCCAACAACUAUCAAGGCCGAGCGCCCUACUGUCGGUCCACUCCAACCGUUGUAAAAGGCCCCGGAAACCCGUCCAACCUACUCAUUAUUGGGGUUUUCAAUCCCGCGUUCGUGCUGGCUGUUCGACGAUCCGACGGCGAGCUGGUGUGGAAGACGCUCGUCGACCCGCAUCCCUCGGCUCUGAUAACUGCUUCAGGCACCGUCUACCGCGGUGCUUACAUCAACGGAGUAUCGUCUGCCGAGGAGAUAUUCGCGGCGAAUCCUAAUUACCCCUGCUGCACGUUCAUCGGGAGUGUAGUUAAGCUCGACGUGGCGACUGGGCAGAAGAUAUGGCAGACGUACAGCCUUCCCGCGAAUGGCGGCAAUUCGAGUCUCUACGCCGGCGGUGCGAUCUGGGGCGGCUCUCCAUCCAUCGACGAAAAGCGACAGCUCGUUUUCGUCGCGACGGGUAACAACUAUCGCGUGCCUCCGAGCGUGUCGGAGUGCCAGCAGCAGCAGCUGGAGACGGAGGGCCGGCCGGUGUUCCCCGAUCCGUGCAUCGAAGAAGGGAACUACUUCGACUCAGUCCUUGCCCUCGAUAUUGCCUACAGUGGCUUCGACGGACAGAUCGUGUGGUCCACAGCAGCUGGGCCAGGAGGCUCCCUGGGCGGCUCAUCUUGGGGCAUUGCUUCCGACCUCCGCCGCGUUUACAUAAGCAACGAGAACAACGAGUUCACGAAUUUCACUCUGCUGCCGUCCGGCGCGACCACCACCCACAGCGCCUGGGCUGCUCUGAAUCCUGCGACGGGUGCGGUGCUUUGGUCGCGGGAGAACCCCAACUUCCCCUCGCUCGCCAUGCUGCCUUCCGUCGCGAACGGCGUCGUGUUCGGAACGACUUUGGACGCCGCUGGUCACGUGUACGCGUUUGACGCUGCCUCGGGUAACGUUCUGUGGUCCUUCUCUCCUGGUACCUCUGUGCACGGCGGCGUGUCGAUUGACCGUGGCUGUAUUUUCUUCGGCCGCGGCUACCUUUCCGCCUUCAUUCCCUAUGCUACUGGAGGCGGGCCUCAGCGCGUCUACGCUUUCUGCGUCCCAGGUCUAGCUCGUAAUCCGCCACCCGUUGUGCCGCCUGGUGGUGGGGAGGGAAUGAAGGUAGUGCAGUCCGGGUCCACAUACCCCGGCGGACCAAGGCGCGCGCGCGGACCAAGGCGCGCGCGCGGACCAAGGCACGCCCGCCCGGACCAAGGCGCGCCCGCCCGGACCAAGGCGCGCCCGCCCGGACCAAGGCGCGCGCGCCCGGACCAAGGCGCGCGCGCCCGGACCAAGGCGCGCGCGCCCGGACCAAGGCGCGCGCGCCCGGACCAAGGCGCGCGCGCCCGGACCAAGGCGCGCGCGCCCGGACCAAGGCGCGCGCGCCCGGACCAAGGCGCGCGCGACCGGACCAAGGCGCGCGCGCCCGGACCAAGGCGCGCGCGCCCGGACCAAGGCGCGCGCGCCCGGACCAAGGCUGCGCGCGCCCGGACCAAGGCGCGCGCGCCGGACCAAGGCGCGCGCGCCCGGACCAAGGCGCGCGCGCCGGACCAAGGCGCGCGCGCCGGACCAAGGCGCGCGCGCGCGGACCAAGGCGCGCGCGCGCGGACCAAGGCGCGCGCGCGCGGACCAAGGCUGCGCGCGCGCGGACCAAGGCGCGCGCGCGCGGACCAAGGCGCGCGCGCGCGGACCAAGGCGCGCGCGCCCGGACCAAGGCGCGCGCGCCCGGACCAAGGCGCGCGCGCCCGGACCAAGGCGCGCGCGACCGGACCAAGGCGCGCGCCCCCGGACGAAGGCGCGCGCGCCCGGACCAAGGCGCGCGCGCCCGGACCAAAAAGCGCUCGACCCGGACCAAAAGGCGUGCGCCCGGACCAAGGCGCGCGCGCCCGGACCAAGGCGCGCGCGCGCGGACCAAGGCGCGCGCGCGCGGACCAAGGCGCGCGCGCGCGGACCAAGGCGCGCGCGCGCGGACCAAGGCGCGCGCGCGCGGACCAAGGCUGCGCGCGCGCGGACCAAGGCGCGCGCGCGCGGACCAAGGCGCGCGCGCGCGGACCAAGGCGCGCGCGCGCGGACCAAGGCGCGCGCGCGCGGACCAAGGCGCGCGCGCGCGGACCAAGGCGCGCGCGCGCGGACCAAGGCGCGCGCGCGCGGACCAAGGCGCGCGCGCGCGGACCAAGGCGCGCGCGCCCGGACCAAGGCGCGCGCGCCCGGACCAAGGCGCGCGCCCCCGGACCAAGGCGCGCGCGCCCGGACCAAGGCGCGGGCGCCCGGACCAAGGCGCGGGCGCCCGGACCAAGGCGCGCGCGCCCGGACCAAGGCGCGCGCCGCCCGGACCAAGGCGCGCGCGACCGGACCAAGGCGCGCGCGCCCGGACCAAGGCGCGCGCGCCCGGACCAAGGCGCGCGCGCCCGGACCAAGGCGCGCGCCCGGACCAAGGCGCGCGCGCGCGGACCAAGGCGCGCGCGCGCGCGCGGACCAAGGCGCGCGCGCGCGGACCAAGGCGCGCGCCCCCGGCGAAGGCGCGCGCCCCCGGCGAAGGCGCGCGCGCCCGGACCAAGGCGCGCGCGCCCGGACCAAGGCGCGCGCGCCCGGACCAAGGCGCGAGCGCCCAGACCAAGGCGCGCGCGCGCGGACCAAAAACGCGCGACCGGACCAAAAGCGCGCGACCGGACCAAGGCGCGCGCGCCCGGACCAAGGCGCGCGCGCCCGCACCAAGGCGCGCGCGCCCGGACCAAGGCGCGCGCCCCCGGACCAAGGCGCGCGCGCCCGGACCAAGGCGCGCGCGCCCGGACCAAGGCGCGCGCCCCCGGACCAAGGCGCGCGCGCCCGGACCAAGGCGCGGGCGCCCGGACCAAGUCGCGGGUGCCCGGACCAAGGCGCGCGCGCCCGGACCAAGGCGCGCGUGCGCGGACCAAGGCGCGCGCGCGCAGACCAAGGCGCGCGCGCCCGGACCAAGGCGCGCGCGCCCGGACCAAGGCGCGCGCGCGCGGACCAAAAAGCGCUCGACCGGACCAAAAAGCGCGCGCCCGGACCAAGGCGCGCGCGCGCGGACCAAGGCGCCCGCGCCCUGACCAAGGCGCGCGCGCCCUGACCAAGGCGCGCGCGCCCGGACCAAGGCGCGCGCGCCCGGACCAAGGCGCGCGCGCCCGGACCAGCGCGCGCGCGCCCGGACCAAGGCGCGCGCGCCCGGACCAAGGCGCGCGCGCCCGGACCAAGGCGCGCGUGCGGACCAAGGCGCGCGCGCGCGGACCAAGGCGCGCGCGCGCGGACCAAGGCGCGCGCGCGCGGACCAAGGCGCGCGCGCGCGGACCAAGGCGCGCGCGCCCGGACCAACGCGCGCGCGCCCGGAUCAAGGCGCGCGCGCCCGGACCAAGGCGCGCGCCCGGACCAAGGCGCGCGCCCGGACCAAGGCGCGCGCCCCCGGACCAAGGCGCGCGCGCCCGGACCAAGGCGCGGGCGCCCGAACCAAGGCGCGCGCGUCCAGACCAAGGCGCGCGCGCCCGGACCAAGGCGCGCGCGCGCGGACCAAGGCGCGCGCGCGGACCAAGGCGCGCGCGCCCGGACCAAGGCGCGCGCGCGCGGACCAAGGCACGCGCGCCCGGACCAAGGCGCGCGCGCGCGCGGACCAAGGCGCGCGCGCGCGGACCAAGGCGCGCGCGCGCGGACCAAGGCGCGCGCGCCCGGACCAAGGCGCGCGCGCCCGGACCAAGGCGCGCGCGCCCGGACCAAGGCGCGGCGCCCGGACCAAGGCGCGGGCGCCCGGACCAAGGCGCGGGCGCCCGGACCAAGGCGCGGGCGCGCCCGGACCAAGGCGCGCGCUCGCCCGUACCAAGGCGCGCGCGCGCCCGGACCAAGGCGCGCGCGCCCCUGGACCAAGGCGCGCGCGCCCGGACCAAGGCGCCCGCGCCCCUGGACCAAGGCGCGCGCCCCUGGACCAAGGCGCGCGCGCCCGGACCAAGGCGCGCGCGCCCGGACCACGGCGCGCGCGCGCGGACCAAGGCGCGCGCGCCCGGACCAAGGCGCGCGUGCGCCCGGACCAAGGCGCGCGCGCCCGGACCAAGGCGCGCGCGCCCGGACCAAGGCGCGCGCGCCCGGACCAAGGCGCGGGCGGCCGGACCAAGGCGCGCGCGCCCGGACCUAGGCGCGCGUGCCCGGACCAAGGCGUGCGCGCCCGGACCAAGGCGCGCGCGCGCGGACCAAGGCGCGCGCGCGCGGACCAAGGCGCGCGCGCGCGGACCAAGGCGCGCGCGCGCGGACCAAGGCGCGCGCGCCCGGACCAAGGCGCGCGUGCCCCCGGACCAAGGCGCGCGCGCCCCCGGACCAAGGCGCGCGCGCGCCCGGACCAAGGCGCGCGCGCGCCCGGACCAAGGCGCGCGCGCGCCCGGACCAAGGCGCGCGCGCGCCCGGACCAAGGCGCGCGCGCCCGGACCAAGGCGCGCGCGCCCGGACCAAGGCGCGCGCGCGCGCUCGGACCAAAACGCGCGCGCGGACCAAGGCGCUCGCGCCCGGACCAAGGCGCGCGCGCCCGGACCAAGGCGCGCGCGCCCGGACCAAGGCGCGCGCGCGCCCGGACCAAGGUGCGCGCGCCCCUGGACCAAGGCGCGCGCGCCCCUGGACCAAGGCGCGCGCGCCCGGACCAAGGCGCGCGCGCCCGGACCAAGGCGCGCGCGCCCCGACCAAGGCGCGCGCGCCCCGACCAAGGCGCGCGCGCCCGGACCAAGGCGCGCGGGCCCGGACCAAGGCGCGCGCGCCCCUGGACCAAGGCGCGCGCGCCCGGAUCAAGGCGCGCGCGCCCGGACCAAGGCGCGCGCGCCCGGACCAAGGCGCCCGCGCCUGGACCAAGGCGAGGCGCGCGCGUGGACCAAGGCGCGCGCGUGGACCAAGGCGCGCGCGUGGACCAAGGCGCGCGCGUGGACCAAGGCGCGCGCGUGGACCAAGGCGCGCGCGUGGACCAAGGCGCGCGCGUGGACCAAGGCGCGCGCGUGGACCAAGGCGCGCGCGUGGACCAAGGCGCGCGCGUGGACCAAGGCGCGCGCGUGGACCAAGGCGCGCGCGUGGACCAAGGCGCGCGCGUGGACCAAGGCGCGCCCGUGGACCAAGGCGCGCCCGUGGACCAAGGCGCGCGCGGACCAAGGCGCUGCGCGCGCGUGGACCAAGGCGCGCGCGUGGACCAAGGCGCGCGCGUGGACCAAGGCGCGUGCUUGGACCCUCAUUAAUCAUACCCCUGUUUUACCUGCUUGA